AUGUCGCUGCACGCAGAGGCUCUGCCGGGCCGCCUGGGCCGGCUUCCCACAAACUGCAAUACUUCUGCCCCGAGUCCGAGGACCCGCGGGGUUCGGCCCUGCUGUAUCCCCAAAGCCGGGGCCCGCCAGAGCCCCGAGCCGAGGCCGGGGAGAGAGCGCCGGACCCAUGGCUCCGCACCCGGCCCUGUUCCCCGUCCACCGGCCAGAGGAGGUCGGGCCAGAGUGGAGGAAGCCCGGGACCGUGAGGUUCGCGUUUACUUCUCCCCAGAGGAGUGGGGGCGUCUGCGGCCGGCGCAGAGGGCCCUGUACCAGGACGUGAUGCACGAGACCCGGUCACUGAUGUCCUCUCCUCCCCUAGGACUAGCAGGCCCCAAACCCGCCCUCAUCUCCUGGAUGGAGCAAAGGGAGGCGUGGAGCCCGGAGGCCGAGGACCCCCAGGAUACUAAGGAGGGCGCAAGGCUCCCGGGAUCUGGGAUAGGCCAGGCUGGCCGCCAGCUUCAGGAGCUGCAGCGAUACAGUGCCCCAGGUCCCCGCAGACACAGGGCGCCGGUGCAUCCGGACUCCCGAGAGGCCCUACCCGCGCCUGGACUGCAGCUGCUCCUUCAGCUACCCUUCCCUCCUGGCCAGUCACCAGCGGGUCCACUCUGGGGAGGGACCCUUUCCCUGCGAGCAGUGUGGCGGUCUCUUCUGCCAAAGGGGCAGCCUGGCUGUGCGCACAUGCGCACACACACUGGGGAGAAGCCCUUCGCCUGCCCAGACUGUGGGAGGGCCUUUGCGUACCCCUCGAUGCUGGUCCGAUAUCAGCGAAUCCACUCCGGAGACCGCCCAUACGUCUGUGGGCCCUGUGGGGUUCAGUUCUCGCAGAGAUCUCACCUGGUCAAGCACCAGCUGCUCCACACAGGGGACAAGCCCUAUUCGUGUCCCGACUGUGGCCGCUGCUUCCGCCAGAGUGAAGCCCUGGCCAUCCACAGACACAGACACGGCAGGGAGAAGCCACACCUGUGCAUCGAGUGUGGGCACGCACCCUUCCCUCUUGGCAUCCACCAGCGCAACCACGCUAGGAAGAAGCUCCAUAUCUGUUCCUACUGUGGUCGGGGCUUUGCCUACCCCACCCUUCUGACCAGCCACCAGUGGGUCCACUUUGGGGAGCUCCCCUACCCCUGCGCCCAUUGUGGCACCUGCUUCGCCCAGAAAAAUAACCUGCUCCAGCACUAGCGCAUCCACACGGGUGAAAAGUCCUAUGAGUGCCCUGACUGUGGCUGCUGCUUGCGGCAAAGUGGCCCUCUGGCCAUCCACCGGCGCACACAUGUAGGGGAGAAGCCCUACUCCUACCCUGAGUGUGGGCACUGCUUCUCCUCUUCCUGUGUCCUCAACAGCCACAGGCGCAUCCAUGCUGCCGAAAGUCCCUCCCCUUGUCCCCAGUGCGAGAAAGCCUUUAAGAAAAGUGGGGCUCUGGCUACACAUGCAAAGGAGAAGCCCUAUGCAUGUCUUGAUUGUAGACGGCUCUUUGCCUUCCCCUCCUGGGUCAGACACAGGAAAAUCCACUCUGGUGACCAUCCCCAUGUUUGUGGUUCAUGUAGUAUCCACUUCUCUCAGAGGGCUCACCUGGUCCAGUACCAGCUGCUCCAUACUGGGGACAAGCCCUACCUGUGCCCCAACCGUGGCCUCCUGUUCCCCCGAGCAGGGCCCUGUCUGUGCAUAGAUGCAGAGGUGUGUGCACAGGCCGCCUUGCUAGCUAACCCUCCCUCCUGGCCAGCCACUGGCAUGUGCGCUUAG